GCGGAGGCGGCGGAGGCGGCGGAGGUGGCGGAGGUGCCGGGGCCCGCGGCCUGCCCACUGUGCUUCCGGGGAGCGCGGCGGAUGGCGCGUCCCUGACGGGCCCAGGUCAUGGCCACGGCGCGGCGGACGGUCCUGGGCCGCGGCCUCCAGGCUCUCGGCUGGGCCGCCCUGGCGCUGCUCUGCGCCGCGCACGGGGGGCGCCGGGAGGACGCGGGCGCUGCCUGCUACGGCGGGUUCGACCUCUACUUCAUCCUGGACAAAUCAGGAAGUGUGCUGCACCACUGGAAUGAAAUCUAUUACUUUGUGGAACAGUUGGCUCAUAAAUUCAUCAGCCCACAGCUAAGAAUGUCCUUUAUUGUCUUCUCUACGCGAGGAACAACCCUCAUGAAGCUGACCGAAGACCGGGAACAGAUUCGUCAGGGCCUAGAGGAGCUGCAGAAGGUCCUGCCGGGAGGAGACACUUACAUGCAUGAAGGAUUUGAAAGGGCCAGCGAGCAGAUUUAUUAUGAAAACAGUCAAGGAUACAGGACGGCCAGCGUCAUCAUUGCUUUGACCGAUGGGGAGCUCCAUGAAGACCUCUUUUUCUAUUCAGAGAGGGAGGCUAACAGAUCCCGAGAUCUUGGUGCGAUUGUUUACUGUGUCGGUGUGAAGGAUUUCAAUGAAACACAGCUGGCCCGGAUCGCGGACAGUAAGGACCACGUGUUUCCUGUGAAUGACGGCUUUCAGGCCCUGCAAGGCAUCAUCCACUCGAUUUUGAAGAAGUCCUGCAUCGAAAUUUUAGCAGCUGAACCAUCCACCAUAUGUGCAGGAGAAUCGUUCCAAGUAGUGGUGAGAGGAAACGGCUUCCGACACGCCCGCAACGUGGACAGGGUCCUCUGCAGCUUCAAGAUCAACGAGUCCGUCACACUCAAUGAGAAGCCCUUCACCGUGGAAGACACGUACCUGCUGUGCCCGGCACCUAUCUUAAAAGAAGUUGGCAUGAAAGCCGCGCUUCAGGUCAGCAUGAACGACGGCCUGUCCUUCAUCUCCAGCUCCGUCAUCAUCACCACCACGCGCUGUUCGGACGGCUCCAUCCUGGCAAUCGCCCUGCUGAUCCUGUUCCUGCUGCUGGCCCUGGCUCUCCUCUGGUGGUUCUGGCCCCUGUGCUGCACCGUGAUUAUCAAGGAGGUCCCUCCGCCCCCCGCUGAGGAAAGUGAGGAGGAAGACGAUGAUGGUCUCCCCAAGAAAAAGUGGCCUACGGUCGAUGCGUCGUACUAUGGUGGGCGAGGCGUUGGAGGCAUUAAAAGGAUGGAGGUUCGUUGGGGAGAAAAGGGUUCCACCGAAGAAGGCGCUAAGUUGGAAAAGGCAAAGAAUGCCAGAGUCAAGAUGCCGGAGCAGGAAUACGAAUUCCCCGAACCUCGAAACCUCAACAACAACCUGCGACGGCCCUCUUCACCCCGGAAGUGGUACUCCCCGAUCAAGGGAAAACUGGAUGCUUUGUGGGUCCUACUAAGGAAGGGAUAUGAUCGUGUGUCUGUGAUGCGUCCACAGCCAGGAGACACGGGGCGCUGCAUCAACUUCACCCGGGUCAAGAACAGCCAGCCUGCCAAGUACCCCCUCAACAACGCCUACCACACCUCCUCACCGCCUCCUGCCCCCAUUUACACCCCCCCACCCCCUGCACCCCAUUGCCCUCCCCCACCCCCCAGUGCUCCCACCCCUCCGAUUCCAUCCCCACCGUCCACCCUUCCCCCUCCCCCUCAUGCCCCACCUCCCAGCAGGGCGCCACCCCCCUCCCGACCUCCUCCCAGGCCUUCUGUCUAGAACCCAAAGGUCAUGCUCUGGGUUCUUAGAAACUUUAGGGAGGAGGCUCCUCUGUGGUGUUAGAAUAAGUCUUUCCAGUUAGGGGAGGCUUCUGCUUUGGAAAUGAGUGGUGACAAAGCCCACUGACCUUCACACAGCUUAAAAAUUGGUUUGUAACACCAAAACAUCGACAAUCGUGAUCCGCAGAAAGAAACAAAUUUUGAAAUGCCUGAGAACAAAUGAUGAGGCACCUACAGUCACAAUUCUAGCCAGCCAGCCAUCACCUCUAGAAGGUUCCGGAGACCGUGAAACUGCCAAGAUGCUCUUAAAUGGGAUUGUGUCUCAUGGAGACCAAUGAUAAAAUCAUUUCUCUGAGGGUGAAAUGCAGAGUCGGAUGCAUGAGCAAUACCAUUGCUGGGUUUCUAAAUGCUGCCUUCCCUCCUCCACUCCACCUCCAUCACUUGACCCUGGACCCUUGGCCUAGGAACCAAGGAAUCCUCACCCAAGAAGGUGAAAACCCUUUGCCUACAACUUUGGGAAAAGCUGGGGGUCCCCACUGUGGCAAGAAACUCAACACCAGGCAGGUAACCAAAAGCACGUUCGCUUGGGAUUUGCAGAGGAGUAAAAACAUAUGCCUUCUUUUCCUUUCAAAUUCUCCCCGUGUCCAAGUGAGGAAGAGAGCAGGUGUUUACGGAUGGAAAAAGGUAUGUUGCCACGUUGCUGUGUACGUGAAAUCAGGUGUGUGCAUUGACAGGCGAGUACUGGUGGGAGCAUCAGGCAGUUUCUAAGAUCCACAGGCGUCAGCAGCUAGAGGUGGCUGGCCCUGGCCCAGCGUGGUCCACUCCAUCAAAAGACCAGGCAUUGUGGAAGAGCAACCUGUUAAUGGUUCGUGCUAAAAAUCAAGAUUCAGCUUCAGUUUAAGUCACUUGAGAUACAAAGAAGUGACUGACCCCAUUUUCCGGAGACAAAUGGCGUCACCAGCACCUACCAUACAGUCUCACUGGGUUUUUUUCUUUCCUUCUUUCUUGGUAAAGUUGUGUACCAGAGAUUUCUAGGUAGAGUUGAGAGACCAUGGUCCUAACAUGGCAUGGAAACCAUCUCCAGGUUCUUUCAUUAACCACAGAAAAGCCACGUAUGUGUAGAUGCAGAUGUACUUCUCCUUGCUUUUCAGCAUGCUCACACAUAUAAGCUGUCCACCCAGGAGGAAUAUACUAGAUGUUCUGCUUGAAGUUCCCGCCAGGCCUGGGGUCCACCCCAUCCCUCCGAGGCUUUCUGAAUCUGUUGUCGCCAGUGAGCCCUACAGUCACUUUCUAAACAUUGGGCUUCGCCAUCCAGGGUGAAAACAGAGGGCCACUGUUGAGGGCCUCCUGCACCACCCUACUCAAAAUUAUCUCCCCCUCCAGCUUUCCACAGGUCCUAAAAUUCCUCUCCCAAACUGCGCAGUCUUAAAGAACAUAAAAUAAACAGUGCUUUGGGUUAUGGUCUCCCAAAGAUGCUCCAAGAACCCAUCACGCCAGCCUGAUCCUUGCUCUUUGCUUAGAACAGAGACGUAAGGACAUGGCGUGCGUCCCCUCAGCACCAACUUGGUAAUCACGGCACUAUCCAUGGAGCCUGACCAUUUCUUCCCAGACCUCACACCGCGACUCUAAACAGCCCCUGUUCAUCAGUCAGAAUUGAGAGAGAGAUAAGCUUUUUUUUUUUUUCAAUUCCCACUUAGAAAGUGGAAACAAAGAGGAAUUGCACAGAGGACUGGGGGAUCCUUGGGCAUAAGAGGUGUAGACAGGGGAACACAGAGGCAGGCGGAGUGUCUUAGUGGGGGACCACAGUGCCAAUGCCAAAGGACACUUCUCCAAGUGUACCUCAGACCCAGCCCUCUCCAGCCCCCCACUCCCAGUCGCCCCGCCUUCUCGUAGAGCUAACAUCAGAGAUGGUUUCCAGGACUUAGGAAAGCAACCCCCCCUCUGCCACCCCCUCAACCUGGCCUGUAUUGUCUAUUUUCUAGAACACUAGGCUUCUUCUUUAGCAUAGUCCCCCCAAGAAGCCGGGGCCACAAUGUCUCAGCCGCCUGCAGUGACAUUGCUGGACUCCGGAAGACCAUUCCAUGGGAGAAUGGGUUCCCCAGGCUCACAGCGUAGAGACGUUGAGCCCAUGGCAACUGUUUUGACUGCUGGCAGUGCAAAACAGUCCACCCCACGCCACUGCCGCACGGCCCCCCGCGGCCACAAGAAGGUCCAAGCCAAGACGCCGACGUUGCACGAGAUGGCGGGCAUCAAGUGACAAUGCGACAUUCCGAUCUCAGCGGCACAUCAGUCAGAAGCCCUGUGCAGUUUCCACGAUGUUGUGGGGGAACUUUUUGAUGAAUAGGGAACUGCAACCAAAUGAUGAUUUCGCAGAGGAUUAGCAGGGUUUGUCCUACGCUGACUCAUCGUGUCAUCCCUAGUCAUUUAGAACUACAGUUGAGAAGGUGAGACCUCUAGACUGUACGGAUACGGCAAUAGUGGGCUAGUCCAGACAAGAAAAUUCUUUAGCUGGUUUAUAAAAUCCAUCAGUACUUGUAUCAUUCCCUGUAAAAGGCAGCAGACAUAUGAUUGUGAUCAGGAAACUGCACAAAAUUAUUUUUUUUUCAACCCCCAUGUUAUUGUCCUUGUGAAGUUUUUUUUUUUAAUAAAAGCCAACUUUUCGUUGUAUAUAUUCGUAUUCCAUGUGUUAGAUGGAAGCAUUUCCUAUCCAGUGUGAAUAAAAAGAACGGUUGUAGUAAAUUAUUAUAAAGCCAAUGAUAUUUCAUGGCAGGUUUUUCUACCAAGCUGUGCUUGUUGGUUUUUCCCAUGACUGUAUUGCUUUUCUAAAUGUACAAAUAGUUACCGGAAUGACGAGACCCCUGUUUGCACAGCAUUAAUGAGAACGUUGAGUUCUGUGGUCCCCUCCGUCGAACACCAGCUCACAAACGGUUUCUGGCCCGGAGCUUCGCACAUCCUCCAGGGAGACUGUAAAAGUUCUCUCUUUCACCAAGAUGAAGAACAGAGCAGGUGGACAAAUUAAUCAAUAGACCUGGAGAUCUGGCCAUGGGUCACCUCGCUGAACGUGUCACUGAAGUGGGCCCAGGUGAUUGGAUAUCUCAUAAACACUAGGGUCCAAACACUGUCGGGUGAGAAAAAUCCAUCAAAGAACCAGGAAAAAAUAGUAAUUAUUAGAUAGUGAGCAAGUUUCAGCCCAAUGCCAACUCAAUAAAAACAAUUAAUGCUGUGUAAAAUGGGUUGAAUUAGCCUGCGCACUCCACGAAGAUAUAUGCAGCCCGCUCGUGCACAUCGGGUGGGAAUGGGGUGUGCUAGUCAGUUGCCUUUCCUAGUUAUCUGAGCUCUACUAUAUUAUUGUACGUGGAUAACCAAUUUAAAAGAAUUAGAAUAUGAUUUUUUUAAAUGCAUUUAACAUUAAACUCUUUUUCUAAUCCUUUCCUCUUUCUGUGAUAAUUCAGAAGACAGUUAUGGAUCUUCGGUGAGUCAUUGUUAUAAAAAAAUCAGUUAUCACUGUACCUAUAGGAGCCUGGGCUAACCCUGCGCGAUGACAAACUCUGGAAGUUGCUUUUUUAAAAAAAAUUAAUAAUAAUAAUAAAUUCCUAAAAAUCA